AUGGCAGGACAACCCACAAUAAGCAGGUUUUUCAAGAAAGCAAGCAGACCAGAGCUGACGCAGAGGCAGAACCAGGAAUUUGCGAUUGGAAAUGACGUAGGUAGUGAAUCCAUCUGCCUUGAUACUGAUGAAGAUGAUAUUGCGGAGCCUCCUUCAACGGCAAGUACUAUGGUAGCUAAUGAUGGCAUUUCAUUGAACAUUUUGGGAAAUUCUGAAGAGGGAAAUAAUACUUCGUCGACAUCUAAUGGAAUAGAUUUUGCAAAAAAAUUGGAGAGAAUAAUGAAAAGACGAGCUGAUGAUGAUGCUCAAUCUGGUGAAGGUGGGGAGGAGGAUAUAGAAGUCUCUAUAAAAAAAAAAGUUAAAAAGCACAUGACGAAACUUACGCCCUUGGACAAACAGGUUCAGGAUUUGAAAAAGCAUCAUAUAGAUAAAAUACUUGUCAUUAGAGUAGGCUACAAGUAUAAAUGUUUUGCAGAAGACGCAGUAGUGGUUAGUAGGAUACUUCAUAUAAAGUUAGUACCUGGCAAAUUAACUAUCGAUGAGUCUAACCCUCAAGAUUCUAAUCAUAAGCAGUUUGCAUAUUGUUCUUUCCCAGAUGUUAGAUUAAACGUUCAUCUGGAGAGGCUUAUACAUCAUAAUUUGAAGGUGGCCGUGGUGGAGCAAACAGAAACAAGUGCUAUGAAGAAGCAUGACCCAAGCUCAAACAAAUCCAAUGUUUUUGAGAGAAAGGUUUCGAAUGUUUUCACCAAAGCUACAUUUGGUGUAAACUCUACUUUUGCUCUUAGAGGUAAGCGUAUUCUUGGUGAUACAAACAGUAUAUGGGCCCUUUCUUGUACCGUAUAUCAGGAUAAGUUGGCUAAAUAUUCUUUGCUUUCUGUCAAUUUAAAUAAUGGAGAAGUUGUUUAUGAUGAAUUUGAAGAACCUAAUCUUGCUGAUGAGAAACUACAGGUACGAAUCAAAUAUCUACAGCCUAUUGAAGUAUUAGUAAGCACAGAAAAUCUGCCGUUGCAUGUGGCAAAACUUUUCAAGGAUAUGUCAUGUGUUUUAAUUCAUAAGGAUGUGGGUGAUUUAGAAGAAGAUGUCGUUCACGCAAUAAAAGUAAUGAAUGAAAAGAUAAAACUUUCACCUUCACUCAUACAGCUAGUUUUCAAAUUAUAUUCACAUAUGCUUGAAUAUAACAAUGAACAGGUGAUCUUGAUACCUUCUAUUUACUCACCAUUUGCAUCAAAAAUACAUAUGUUGUUAGAUCCCAAUACUUUGCAAAGUCUAGACAUUUUCACUCAUGAUGGUGGUAAGGGUUCUUUGUUUUGGUUAAUGGACCAUACAAGGACAUCAUUUGGGUUUAGAAUGUUAAGAGAAUGGAUUCUCAAACCUUUGAUUGAUGUACGCCAGAUCGAAGAACGACUUGAUGCCGUUGAGUUUAUCACAUCCGAAAUCAAUCAUAGUAUUUUUUUUGAAUCGUUGAAUCAAAUGUUAAAUCAUACCCCGGACUUACUAAGGACCUUAAAUCGUAUAACAUACGGUACAACCUCUAGAAAAGAAGUUUAUUUUUACCUAAAGCAGAUAACAUCCUUCGUUGAUCACUUCAAAGUGCAUCAAUCAUAUCUAUCAGAAUAUUUCAAAUCAUCCGAAGGCACCAUAAGCAAAAAAUCAUCCUUACUCUUCAAAUUAUUCAGUGAAUUGAACGAAUUACUUUCCAGCACUCAAUUACCUCAUUUUCUCACCAUGAUCAAUGUUACAGCAAUAAUGGAGAAAAAUCCGGAUAAACAGGUAAUGGAUUUCUUCAAUUUAAACAACUAUGAUCAUUCAGAAGGUAUAAUAAGAAUACAAAGGGAUAGUGAAUUGGUACGGUCACAGUUAAAGGAGGAAUUAAUAGAGAUACGAAAGUAUCUCAAACGUCCUUAUUUGAACUUCAGAGAUGAAGUUGAAUACUUGAUCGAAGUGAAAAACUCGCAAGUUAAGGAUUUGCCCGACGAUUGGAUAAAAGUUAAUAAUACCAAGAUGGUUAGCAGAUUUACCACUCCAAAAACCCAAAAGCUAACUCAGAAACUAGAAUAUUAUAAGGACUUGUUAAUUCGUGAAUCUGAGUUGCAGUAUAAGGUGUUUUUGAAUAAAAUUACGGCAGAGUAUACAGGACUUCGUAAAAUCGUACUAAAUUUAGCCCAUUAUGACUGUAUUUUAUCACUUGCAGCCACAUCAUGUAAUCUAAACUAUGUUAGACCAACUUUUGUGGUUGGGCAACAAGCGAUUAUUGCGAAGAAGGCAAGAAAUCCGAUUAUCGAAUCGCUGGAUGUUCACUAUGUACCGAAUGAUAUCAUGAUGUCCCCAGAAGAUGGUAAAAUCAACAUCAUAACGGGGCCGAAUAUGGGUGGAAAGUCCUCUUAUAUUAGGCAAGUUGCGCUGUUAACUAUAAUGGCACAGAUUGGCUCUUUUGUACCUGCGGAAGAGAUGAGAUUGAGCAUAUUUGAUAGUGUACUAACUCGAAUUGGUGCACAUGACGAUAUCUUAAAUGGUGAUUCUACAUUCAAAGUGGAAAUGCUUGAUAUCUUACAGAUUUUGAAGAAUUGCAAUGAACGAUCUUUGUUAUUGUUAGAUGAAGUUGGAAGAGGUACUGGGACGCAUGAUGGUAUAGCAAUAUCAUAUGCAUUAAUAAAGUAUUUCUCCGAACUAAACGAUUGUCCCUUAAUACUAUUCACCACACAUUUUCCCAUGUUGGGAGAAAUCAAAUCAUCAUUAAUAAGAAACUACCAUAUGGAUUAUGUGGAAGAACAAAAACCUGGUGAAAGCUGGAUGAGCGUGAUUUUCUUAUAUAAGUUGAAGAAGGGAUUAACAUAUAACAGUUAUGGAAUGAAUGUUGCGAAAUUAGCACGUUUAGACAAGGGCAUUAUAAACCGGGCUUUCAGUAUCUCCGAAGAAUUACGAAAAGAAGCUGCCAACGGUGAUUUGCUUAAAUUAAUCAGUUAUCUAAAAAUAAUAUUGAAAAACGAUGAUAUAUCAGCAACGGAUAAACUUUUGAGAUUACUAUCAUUGGAUAUUCAUUGA